AUGGAUAGAUUUCUACACAACAUCUUAGUUAGAAAAAUGGCACUUCGUGCAACACAAGGUGAGAACAUGCAUGGUGCUGAUUUGGACGAAGCCGCUCGCCUCAAACAGUACAAAAAUGUAGCUAGACAUGAGGAUAUGCGCCGUCGUCGUAAUGAGUCUAGCGUUGAGAUUCGAAAGCAAAAGGGUGCAGAUCUGAUGAUGAAACGUCGAAAUCAACAAACUGAAGAAGAAGAGGAAGGCGAGCUCUCGGAUUUGGAUCUCAAGACGGCGCCAACAACGAUUAACAAACUAACGAAUGAGGAUAUCAUUAAAAUUUUGAGUCAUAAUCCGACUUUGGAGCAGAUGAGACAAUGCUUCGAAGCUCUUCGUCGCACUCUGUCGCGCUCGAAAAAUCCUCCCGUUGACGAUGUGAUCAAAUGUGGGCUUGUGAGUGCGCUGGUAGAGGCUUUGAAGGUUGAGGAUGAUAAAGUACGAUUUGAAGCAGCUUGGGCCCUUACAAACAUUGUUUCGGGAACAUCGGAACAAACAGUAUCUGCGGUAGAGGCUGGCGCUACGCUCCCAUUAGUGCAAUUAACACAGAGCCCCAAUCCUGGGCUGGCUGAACAAGCAUUGUGGGCUGUCGCGAACAUCGCUGGAGACUCAGCUCAACUUAGGGAUUAUGUGAUACAAUGCAGUGGCGUUGAUGCGCUGAUGGCACUGGUUGAUCGCCUGGAUCAGCUCGAUGUUUCUUGUGCGCGUACGCUUGCAUGGGCCUUUUCGAAUAUGUGCCGACAUAAGAAUCCUCAUGCACCUCUGCCAAUACUCGAACGGCUAAGCAAAGGACUCGCCAAGCUCAUUUCCCAUCCAGAUAAACAAGUGAGGCAGGAUGCAUGUUGGGCCGUCUCUUACCUGACAGACGGACCAGACGAACAAAUCACACUUGCGCAAACUAGCGGUGUUCUACCACAUGUGCUUGAAUUCCUACGAGAUACAGAUGCGAUGGUUGCUCCAGCUUUGCGUGUGCUUGGAAACAUGAGUACCGGUAACGAUGAACUAACACAGUGCGUUGUGGAUCUUAAUACUCUGAACGAGAUCAUUCCUCUAUCUGAGCGUUCGAAAUCUACCACCGUUGUCAAGGAAUGCUGCUGGCUAAUUUCUAAUAUCAUUGCCGGAACCAAUAGCCAAAUUCAAGCAGUCAUCGACGCAGGAAUUAUGCCGUUCAUUAUCGAGGUUUUGAAGUCUGGUGAUUUCAAAUGUCAAUUCGAAGCUUCAUGGGCCGUAGCUAAUUUGGCGCAAGGAGGCACAGCUGAACAGAUUCUUACUUUACUACAAGAUAAUGCAAUCCCUGCACUAUGUAGUGCAUUGAAACAGAGUAAUAUUGAUCUACUCAAUAAUGCUCUGGAAACGCUUUACGCUUUGCUAAAUACGGUUUCUGCAUGUUGUCCCGAACGUCUGGAUGAAGUGCGCGAAGCAGUAGAGGAGAAUGAUGGCCUUGAUCAUUUGGAACGUCUGCAGGAGUCAGAAUCAGAUAAGGUCUACGCUACUGCCUAUCGCAUCAUCUCGGAUUACUUCAGCGACGGAGACAAUGAGGAAGAACAUAAACCUGGGCACAAGUCGACUUUCAGUGCGCUGGCAUUCACCAACAAUAGACGAGACCAACAGAGAACUUUGACAGGUUUUGACUGUAGGAGGGAAGCAAAAAUCGACUUUCAGGCUUGUGGACCAGAUCCCUCAGAUAUAUGGAAUUUUGCACAUCGCACAUCUAAUGUAUCGCGCAAGCCGGAUUUACAAGAUCUGCCUGAGUCUAUAGUUAUCACACUCAACGAUUUCAUAUUGGAUGCGCUUAGCCUCGGCAACGAGGAUUUGGAGGGAUACAGAUUGAAUGCGACAAGAAGCUUGCGCACUAGUUUCUGGAUCUCCUUGGGUACAUCCGAUGAAGAACGCGAGAAAAAAUUCAACUAUCUGCUGGAGCAAAAAACUUUCUACUGCGGCCAAACCAGGACCUGUAUCGCAGAAGCACUACAUACAAGGCUACGCAGGUCGGAUUUGGUAGGGAGGCAAGGCAAGUAUGACGAAGUCGGAAUGGAAGAGAAAAGCGCUACACAGUAGUGGAAUUUGAUCCUGUCGCUGUCAUGUUUGAUCCUGAUGCUUAAUUUCUGAUCCAUCAUAAGUGUUCUCAUGUAACAUCGUGCCUUUACCUCAUUAGUUAAGCAUUUUUUCUCAUUAAUCACUGCUUCAGUAUUGUCCAUGUUCGGCUAUCCUUGAACCUUGGCAUGGCUUGUCACUUGAGAGGUGUGGUUUGAGCGGUUGACCAAGAUGGUAC